AUGGUGAAACUUGAUGGACAAAUAGGCUCACAGACAGGACAGGGAGGAGUGGGCAGAGUGGAGAUGAAGCUAAUAGAGCCGGUUCUGACCACUUUCCACGUGGCGAAGGUCUUCAGGGAGAACACCGACAAAAUCAAUUCAAUCGACUUCUCAUCCAAUGGCGAGACUUUGAUCACCUCUUCAGACGACGACUCGAUUGUCAUCUAUGACUGCGAGAAAGGCACCCAAAAGAGAUCACUGAACUCGAAGAAGUACGGCGUCGAUCUGAUCCAUUACACACACGCGGCCAACACAGCGAUACACUCGAGUAACAAAGUGGACGACACUAUUAGAUACCUUUCCCUUCACGACAAUAAGUACAUCCGUUACUUCCCGGGACACACCAAGAAGGUGGUGACGCUGUGCAUGAGUCCCGUGGACGACACGUUCCUCAGCGGUUCGCUGGACAAGACGAUCCGUCUGUGGGAUCUCCGGUCGCCCAACUGUCAGGGAUUAAUGCAUUUGUUGGGCCGACCGGUGGCUAACUUCGAUCCCGAGGGCCUGAUCUUCGCGGUGGGCAUCAACUCGGAGUCCGUCAAACUGUAUGACUUGCGCUCCUUCGACAAGGGACCCUUCAAUACGUUCAAACUGCCCCAGGACAAGGACUGCGACUGGACAGGGCUCAAGUUCAGUCCCGAUGGCAAGAUCAUCAUGAUCUACACCAACGGCAACAUCAUCCACACCAUCGACGCCUUCCAGGGCACACCACUCCAGACACUCAUGGGUCACAUCAACAACAAAGGCCUCCCUCUCGAGGCCUCCUUCUCCCCCGACUCGCAGUUCAUAUUCAGCGGCUCUACCGAUGGACGGAUCCACUGCUGGAACGCCAUAACCGGCAACAAAGUGGCCAUCUUUCAGGCCGAGCACCAGUCGCCCGUCCAAUGCGUCCAAUUCAACCCCAAGUACAUGAUGUUGGCCUCGGCCUGCAGUACGAUGUCCUUCUGGAUUCCCGCCACUCCUGAUGAAUAG